AUGACAGUUCCUAUUACAAAGAAUAUAGCAAAACCACAUUCUUCCAAAGUAACCCAGUGUUCAAUGAAGUCUCCACAGAAAACUGCUGUAAUAUUACCAACACAGCAGAUCAGGAAAUCAAGUCGGAUUAAACCACCUGCACCUACUUCAGUCCCCAAGAAGGGGAGUACUGUUAAAAAUAUCACACCAAAGAAAAAAGGCCCAAACUCAGGAAGAAAGGAAAAAUGUAUUCCUGUUGUAUGUUCCACAUCUUCAGCUCCUCUCAGUACGCUGACCAGAGGACGUCGUGGUGCUUCAUAUGAUAAGGAUGCUGUUGCUGGGUCAUCUAAAAUAGUGAUGUCUACAGUCUGUGUCUAUGUAAACAAACAUGGAAACUGUGGCCCUCACCUGGAUCAGACGAAAAUCCAGCAGCUGCCCAACCGCUUUGGCCCAGGCCCUGUCAAUGUGGUGCUCCGGCGGACGGUGCAGGCCUGCGUGGAUUGUGCCAUUCAAAGUAAGACUGUUUUUGGAUUCCUUAAGCCAGAUCAUCGUGGAGGAGAAGUGAUAACCGCCUCCUUUGAUGGGGAAACUCAUUCCAUCCAGCUCCCUCCAGUGAACAGUGCAUCAUUUGCUCUUCGCUUUCUUGAGACCUUGUGCCACAGCCUGCAGUGUGAUAACCUUUUGAGUAGCCAGCCUUUUAGCUCUUACAGAGGUAAUGGUCAUAGUCCUGCAGAGCAUGAUCAAAAUAAAUCAGAUAAGAGAAAAUUAAAAGAAGAUACAACAGAAAAGAAAAGCACCAAACGACCUUCUCAGCAACCUCUGCCUUAUGUUGCUCCUCUCUCUCCUAAGCUCCCCAAAACAAAGGUGCAUGCCUCUGAAGAAGAAGUAUUAUCUGCUGAGGGAAAUGGCAUGCCCAAAGGGGAAAUGCUUUCUGAAGAGUCCAAGAACUCACCACUAAAUCCAGCAAGUUCUUUGAAUCCUGCCAGCAGAAGUCCUGUAAGCACUCAUACUCCAGUCUCCAGGAGUGUUUUUCAAAGUGUGCCAUGCACCUCGAGUUCAACACUGGUGGGGACCAAAUCAUCUUCCAAGAGCGGUCACCAUGAAGUUACAUUCCAGAAGCAGAGGAAAAGUGAAGCUCCAAGUUAUAUAGCUGUACCUGACCCCAGUGUCCUGAAACAAGGCUUCUCUAAGGACCCUUCAACCUGGUCUGUGGAUGAAGUGAUACAGUUUAUGAAACAUAAAGAUCCUCAGAUAUCAGGCCCCCUCGCCGACCUCUUCAUGCAACAUGAGAUUGAUGGGAAGGCUCUGCUACUACUCAAAAGUGAUGUGAUGAUGAAGUAUAUGGGGCUGAAGUUGGGGCCAGCCUUAAAGUUAUGUUACUAUAUUGAAAAACUUAAAGAAGGAAAAUAUAAUUGA